UGUGUCCCCAGCCCUCGGGCGUUUCUAUCCAACGCCCACGUCAGCAAAUACCUUUUGUUUCUCUCACGUUGGGGCUACUCGUUUUAGGGCGCAAAGGAACGGCUUCGAAAGGGGGUAUUACCCCUGCCGAGAACCAGGAAUCUUCCCCCGGCCCGCGCGCGCGACCCGCCGGUGCGACGCGGCCCGGUCUUCUAUGCUGAGAUCUAUUUCUACUUGAAUCAGGACAAUCCUCCAAGCACAAAUUCUGUUUGACUUAGAACCAUUCCUAUUUUACUCUAUUCCAUUGACUUAACAGUGUUUCAAGAGAAGCAUCCAUAAAUUUCCAGAAUGGAGAUCUCCUCUCAUCAGUCUCACCUUCUGCAACAACUGAAUGAGCAGCGCAGGCAAGAUGUAUUUUGUGAUUGCAGUAUUCUAGUUGAAGGGAAAGUCUUCAAAGCACAUCGAAACGUGUUAUUUGCUAGUAGUGGCUAUUUUAAAAUGCUUCUUUCUCAGAAUUCAAAGGAGACAAGUCUGCCAACCACAGCUACAUUCCAGGCUUUCUCCCCUGACACUUUUACAGUUAUCCUGGACUUCGUCUAUUCUGGCAAACUGUCUCUUACUGGUCAGAACGUCAUAGAAGUGAUGUCAGCUGCUAGCUUCCUUCAGAUGACCGAUGUCAUUAGUGUCUGUAAAACCUUUAUUAAAUCCUCAUUGGACAUUAGUGAGAAAGAAAAAGAUCGCUAUUUCAGUCUCUCAGAUAAAGAUGCCAGUUCUAAUGGUAUAGAACGUUCUUCUUUCUAUAGCAGUGGAUGGCAAGAAGAAAGCAGUUCUCCACAUUCUCAUGUGAGCCCAGAUCAAGGAACAGGUUUAACAAGUGGAAAACCUUGGAAUAAGUAUAAUUACCAUCCAGCCUCCCAAAGGAAUACUCAACAACCCUUGGCCAAGCAUGAACAAAGGAAAGAUUCCAUUAAAAAGUCCAAACAUUUGAGAUUGUCACAGCCUUCUGACGCUCCUUGUAAGUCAAGCAAACGAGAAUUACGGACAUCUGAUUCUUCCAGCCACAUUUCCCAAUCUGAAGAACAAGCACAAAUUGAUGCUGAAAUGGAUUCUACUCCUGUUGGUUAUCAGCACAGUCAAGGAUCUGAGGUCACAUCUGGAAGUUUUCCAGAUGAUCUGCCCAGGAUGCGAUUCAAGUGCCCAUACUGCACACAUGUGGUGAAGCGGAAAGCAGACCUAAAACGCCAUCUUCGUUGUCACACAGGAGAAAGGCCCUAUCCGUGUCAAGCCUGUGGGAAAAGAUUUAGCAGGCUAGACCAUCUAAGUAGCCAUUUUCGAACAAUUCACCAGGCAUGCAAACUAAUCUGCAGAAAAUGCAAACGCCAUGUGACUGAUCUAACGGGGCAAGUGGUUCAGGAAGGAACCAGGCGCUACAGACUCUGUAAUGAGUGCCUUGCUGAAGUCGGCAUAGACAGCCUCCCCAUUGACUUGGAAGCUGAGCAUCAUCUUAUGUCCCCAUCAGAAGGAGGCAAAGAUUCCAGAUGGCACUUGAGCGAAGAUGAGAGUAGAUCAUAUGUGGAAAUUGUAGAGGAUGGGUCUGCUGAUCUGGUCAUACAACAGGUUGAUGAUAGUGAAGAGGAAGAAGAAGAAAAGGAAAUAAAGCCCAAUAUUAGAAGAUCUACUUAGCAAAAUUUUUUGAAAGAAAAUAUUUUAAAGAAAUUUACCACAACCAAGCUUGUAAGACAAUUGCAAGGUGUUUCAAAAAUACAUAAACUACCAAUAUUGAAUUUUCAAAGGGAACCAGGUAAGAGGACAUUUAAGGGUCUGGCAACCCACCUCAGAUCUGAAACAACCUAUCAUUAUUCUGAUAUCCUAAAUGUUUUAGUAUUAUGGCUGAAAACUGAUUUUAAAAAUUUGAAACCAUUCAUAUUUGAAAAUUUUGUUAAAUUAAAAAUUACUCUUAUUUCAUCAGUACUAGUAAACAAAACAAAGUAAAACAAAAAACCUAAAGUAGAGCUGACCAAAGAUUGUAUACAGACAUCAUUUUCCUAAAGUAGAAAACUAAUACUGACUAAAGGACAAAGUAGUUUGUGAAGAUGUGUCAAAUAAAGUUCUCUUCUUCACCUACAGAAAAAUGAACAAGUGGUUCUGAAGAGUAAUUUCUAACAUUUAUGUAGUGCUAUAAUAUUUAUAAAGUGCUCUCACUUAAUCAUUGAGGUAGAUAUUAUGCCUGAUUUACAAAGGAAAAAAUCAAGGUCAGAAAGGUUAAGUGGAGGGACUGGUGAUUGGACAGGUUCUGAUUUUAAACAGUCCUCUUUCAACUCUUUCUAUAUGUCUCCUGAAAUGGCUAAGAAUCAAAGUCACACCUCACUAAUCUGCACUAAUUAUAAAAGUAAGGCAAUCAGAAUUAGAAAAUUUGAAAGAAAAGUAAUUUAAUCAUCUUCAACAAAAUAUAUCCUGAACUAGAAUUGUUCGAAUAAUGCUAAUCAUACAGUAAUAUUCUAGUGAUAUGUUUUUGUUUCAAGUUAUUUAUUUGUAAAUUUCAAGUAUCAAACUAUUCGAACAAGUUAUUCUCUUAAAACUUGAAGCAUUUUUGUUUAUCUUGAUUAUAUAAUAUUUCAAAACAAACUUUUCUCCUAGCAUACAAAAUGAAGUUUAAACUCCUCCCCUGAAUGACUUACCAAACCUUCCAAAAUUAACCUAAAUUGGAACGUUAUUGUAGUACUAAAUAUAAGGCCUAAGUGGCAGAACUAAAGAACUGACCUUCAUAAAGGUCACUGCAAGUUAUCACAAUUAAGUUUGAUAGUUUAAUUUUGAUAGAGCAAGGUGCCAUAUUAUACUGUAUUUUUAAAUGACGUGAUAUACCUCAGAGUGGCACGUUUUUGUUAUCUUCUCUUAUUUUUUAAUUAAUGAUUUCCUUGAUACCAACUGUGGGCUAAAAUGGUAAUUUCUAAAAAAAUUUUAUAAAUUUUUUUAUAAAUCUUUGUUUUAUGGUACUUAAUUCUGAGAUUUUUUCAAUAUUACCCUGAUGGCAGCUUUCCAUUGCUUCAAGUUGAGAUGGUGUCUAUUGAGUUCUUGCUCUCCCAACAUUGACUGCUCCUGAAUCAGAAUUCUUAACAAUUAAGUUCUAUCCAAAUGAGGGCAGGAACAUUUUUCAUUCACUGGUCCCACCAGAGUAAUGAUAACACCUUUCAAAAUCAUAACCUGAUUUUUGGUUGGUGGGGCCAAUCAAAAAAAUGGCUGAUGAGCUUUAUUCAUGGAAAUAAAGUAGUGCUUGCAUGUGUAUACUGUUAACAUACUUUGGUCUAUGAUCUAAAUGUUCUUUUAUGCUGUUAUCUUCUGCAUGCAAACUUUACAUCCAUCAGCAUGAAUGUUAGGAAAGUCCACUGAACACAGUGCCACCAGCACUUAGAGUAAUUGCCUUUUCAGAAAUAAUACUUUCCCAUAUUGUUUAUAACAAGCAUCAAGCAAUCCCCACAAAAACAACUAUCAAGUUCACCAAACUAGUCAGAACAUGUUACAUCGUUUUAAUAUCAUAAAAGGGGAACAUUUAUACAUGUUUGUAAGUUUUUGUAAAUACUGACUCCAGUCAUCAUAUUAUAUAUAUGUCUAAGGCUUUAGAGACCAAUUCUUUUCUAGAGUGAAACUGUCUAUUAAUUGUUUCUAAGAAAACUGAAUUUUUUGGCUUUCAAAUAUGGGAAAAUGUUAUGUAAGGGUAUAAUCUGUUUAAAUAAGCUUUAUUUAUGCCAGGGUUUUUUUUUUUUUAAAUCAGGAAAAUAAUGGAAUUUGUUAGAUCAAAGUUUGCUCUUACAGGAAUUCUGUUUAUCAGCUUUGUGAACAUCCUUCUAACUCUAUUGUUCUUAAGAGUGUCUGGAAGUUUUGCAAAAAUGAAGCCCCAUUGUACUCGUGGCAAGUGUCUGGAGGGAGCAUAAUGGACUGGUUCAGUAUUAUAAAAGAACGUUUUUUACCCAAGAAACCCUUCCUUCCAAAGAACUGUACCAUGGUGAAGCUCAACAUAAUAAGGCAUAAGCCCCUGUGAGCCUUUCCCCACACCCUUCUGCAGCACUCAGGAGCACACUUUGCAAACCAGGUAACUGGAAACUUCUUGAAUUCCCUUUGAGCACUGUGGUCUCACUUCAUCUCUCCUUACUAUUAGCACUGUAUAAGCAGGUUAACCAUAGAGUCUCAUUUACCGUAUCGUAUUUAGCAUCAUUUAGCAAAUCACGUCCUUAGAAAACAAUGUUCCUUCUAAAUAUAUGUCAGAUCUUAAGCCUUUUUAAGAACAAAAUUUUCAAUAUUAUGUUUUUGAGAAAUAAUAAAAAUAAACAUGGUUACUGCUUUCAUAUGGCCAAGUUACACAUAAAAAAAGUUUGAUUAUUCAAUUAUUUAUGAACUUGGAACUUAAUUCAUUAAGUUUAUUUUGCCAAGUUAUACCAAGAUAUAUUGAAAUUUCCAUUCCUACGUUUUUUCAUAUUUUUGAAUCUUAAAAUUCAUAGUAUGGAAAAUCACUAAACACAAGACAGCAUAAGAAGAUGUCAUAUUUAACUGGGAAGGGAGAUAGAAGGUACAGGAGAACCUAAACUUAGAUUUUUAAAUGGAAAGUUCUAUUUUAGUUUAUAUUAGAGUACAUCAGUAUUACUAUUUAUCAUUUUUAAUCAUAUUUUAUACUUGCAAAAUAUAAUUUUUAUCAGUUAUUCUUUAUGUAUCUAUGAAAUAGAAAUCAUCUCACAUGAAGGGUAAAGAAACUGAGGCACAGAACAGUAAAGCAAUCCAGUCAAAUAAUGACAAAAAUAGGACUUAGAAUUACCCGAGUUUUUUGAAUCCUAGAAAAUCUGCUUAAUUCACUGAAGAAUAUUGUAUAUUGUAUAUCACUCUAUUUUAUAAAGUGAUUCUAUACAAAUUAUCAGUUGCUUUAAAGCUGAUAUCAUGUAUGUGCUAAAUCCUAUACAGGAUAAAUAUUAUGUAAAGGACAUAUUAGUUACAAGAGUUUUAGUGAUAAAAUUCAGGUUAGCACAGAAAUGAUACUAUUUGGCCAACAGUUUUGUAUAUUGUUAAGUGUAAUUAAUAUUUUGUUUUGAUACAGGCAUUUCUUAAAUAUUCAUGCUAAUGGAACCAUGAAUAGGCAAGAAAAGUGAAAUCAACAGAGGAUCUAUAAACUUCAUUUUCAAAUAUGUCAGCCUUUUCCCUACAGAACUUUUAUUAAUGCCAACAAAAAGUAAAAUAUUUAAGUAUAAUGUUAAUAAGCAAUAAACCACACACAGCAAGAGAAGGCAAGGGACUCAACUUUAAAUGAAAAAUAUUUUGAAAUGUACUUUAAAUAGCAUAAUAAACACUUUUAUUCAUCCUUUUUUGUUUUCUUUUUCACACCAGCGAAAGUCACAUGCCAUUAGAUACUUUGUCACCUUUAGACAGAAAACCUUUGACCAGGUUGUCUUAGUUUGCCAGAGCUGCUAAGACAAAUACCACACAAUUGGUUGGCUUAAACAACAAGCAUGCACUGCCUCACAAUUUUGAAGGCUAAAAGUCCAAGAUCAAGAUGUCAGCAAGGCCAUGCUUUCUCCAGGGGUUGGUAGUGUUCUGGGGAUGGCAGUGGUCCUUCACAUGGCAUUACCUGUCCCUGGCCUCCUCCUUGGCUUUCUCUGACUUCUGGCUUCUCUUUAUAAGGCCUUCAGGAAUACAGAUUAAGGCCCACCUUGACUCAGUUUAGACACAGCUAAAUAGGAUUUUUGGAGAUCCUAUUAACAAAUGAGUCCACACCUUAACUGAUAAUGCAUCUUCAAAGGGUCAUGUUUACAAAUGGGUUCACACCACAGGAAAGCAGAUUAAGAGCAUGUCUUUUGUUGGGUUACAUGAUUCAAUCUACCGCACUGGGUAAUGCCAGUCACUUCUUUAUCUUUGGCUUGAUUCAAUCAUUUGCAAAUAUUACAUUGAAUACAGCCUGGAAAGUAAAUCUAAGAAUUUUUAAUAUGUUCCUUCACUCAGAUUUCUAGAUACACAAUUCCAUUAUAUUGAUUUUCCUAUUGGGAAAGUCUCUUAAUUUCUUAUUGAUAUUACCUGCAACUACUUAAUUCCCUCUUUAAAUAAAGAGUAACUUCUCUUUAUUCAACCCAUAAGAAAACAAAUGGAACACUUCUGCCUAAACCAGUGGUUCUCAACCCUGGCUGCAUGUUAGAAUUACUUGUGGAGCUUUUAAAAAUACAGAUGCCUAAGCAAAUCAGAGUCUCUGGUAGGUGGGCGCUACACAUUUAAAAAAAAAAAAAAAAGCAUCCCAGUGUUUCUU